AGAGCUGUACAUGAACGUAACACAUCUCAAUUCUUUUUUUUUUUCCCUUCCUUUCCCCUAAAGACAAAGUCUUGCCAUAUAGUCCUGGCCAGGCUUGAACUAGCUCUGCCACUGGGCUCCAUCACCAAGUCUUUUUAUGUUUUAACACAGGGUGUUUUUGUUGAUAAGUUGCCCAGGCUGGGCUCAAACUUGCCAUCCUCCUGCUUCAGCCUCCCAAGUGCUGGGAUUAGAGGCAUCUAUUUUGAGACAGGGUCUGGCUAAAUUUCAGAGGCCAGGCUUGAGCUUUGAUCCUUCUACCUCAGACCCCCAGAGUGCUGGGGUUACAGACCUGUGCCACCAGGCCUGGCUUGGUUCAAUACUCUUUUACAAACUUUUUUUUGAUUCUUGAAAAUGAUAUAAAACCUAGUAUUUGAAUGGCCUCCUCCUGUGCCUGGCUCCGGGUGCUAGGUGCCCAGUCCUUAUCAGUCUCAUCAAUUCUCUUUCUUUUUUUUUUUUUUUUGGUACCAGGGAUCGAACUCCGGACCUUGUGCUUGAGAGGCAGGCAACGGAACCACUGAGCUAAAUCCCCAGCCCAAGUCUCAUCAGUUCUCAAGAUUUGGCCAGCAGCACCUUUUCCAGCGGGCUCCUGUGUGAGUGGGAAUCUUUUUGGAAUAGGAGAUCUACUGAUGGACUGUGUGUAGCUGACGAAAUGCAGACUCCUCUGGCUGUUCCAGUGCCGGUGCUCCGGCUCCCCCGUGGCCCUGAUGGCUUGAGCCGAGGCUUUGCCCCUGAUGGACGAAGGGCCCAUCUGAAGCCAGAAACACCUGGAAGCCAAGAGUGUCCUGUAGGUCAACAAUCUCAGGAAUCCCAGGAACAGUGUGCCCGAGCUGCCCUUCGGGAGCGAUACCUGCACAGCCUGCUGGCCAUGGUGGGUCGCCAGGUGAGCUUCACAUUGCACGAGGGUGUGCAUGUGACCGCCCACUUCGGAGCCACCGACCUGGACGUGGCCAACUUCUAUGUGUCACAGCUGCAGACUCCCAUAGGUGUGCAGGCAGAGGCUCUACUUCGAUGUAGUGACAUUAUUUCUUACACCUUCGAGCCAUGAAGACAUUACUGUGUUCACCCUUCUGCUGUGGGUUUAGCUGUAGUAUCCCAGGCUUCCUUCCAAAUGUUCCUGACCAGGAACUCAGGCCUAAGGAGUUCUGGGCUCCCUUGGAAUUCUAGUGAAGCUCCAAGCAUUUGUGGUUGCUGAGGACCUCCACAGGGUCUACUCAGUAAAACUGCAGCCCCAGGAAUUCUGAUGCCACCAAAAGGACUGUUCUGCCUCACAGAGCUCUGAACUCUACCGAAUAUGGGCCAGGUACCAGUUCUUGAAGACAGGGCAGAGGGUGGGGAUGAAGGAAGGCAAACUGUAGAAUGGGGAACUGUAUUCAAGAGGUUGCAAAAUUCCCCAGUGCUCCUCUCCUGUUAAAGAAGCAAUCAUCCCAACACAA